CAGAUGCCUUAUAUAUGUGCUGAUGUAUGAACUUAAAAGGAGGGAGCCAUUAAAACAUGCUCUUUACCACAAAAUAAACUGUGGUUGCGGGAGACCUUAACAAACUCUAGUGCAUUGAGUUCUUGAUUUGGUCAUCAAUUCACCGUUGGAUAACAGAUCAACGUCAUUUCUAAUAUAACGCAGCAGAACAGUGUAGAAAUAAACAGGGCCAUGAACACCACUUCAUACAAUCUUUCUUAUAACUAUGAUAAUGUCACACAUGAUCCCGAAUUCUUGAUGAAUGAAUAUUCUGUUGACUUCCGAUUCAAGUUUCCUACUGAAGUGGAUAUUUUCAAUAUCAUUAGUGCAGUCAUUGCUGUUUUGGGAGUCAUUGGAAAUAUCGUUACCAUUGUCAUCAUCUCCUACCGAUCAAAACUUAAGACCCCGACAUUUGUUGCUAUCAAAUGCCUAGCCGUGUCAGAUUUCUUUGGAUUAAUAACAGUUUUGUUAGAACAUUUUACAAAUGCCAUAUCAAUUUUAUUAACUCAGAAAAAUAUAUUUAUUAUGUUGUAUAGAUUUAUUUUAUUCACAGUUCAACACAAUUCACCAUGCCAAAUCUUGUUACUGUGUGCUGUUAGAUAUCUGCUUGUAGUCCAUCCCUUUGACAGCAGACGAUAUUUAACCGUCACAUUAGUCUCCCUCGGGUCGCUUACAUUAUGGAUCUUAAGCUUUGUAUUUGCGGUGAUUUUUGGAUAUCUUAUAUCCAGUUUUUAUAAUGAUUCUAUCCUUUAUUCGGCUAUAAAGGAUAGUGUAUCGAUAAUCCAAGUCCUGUAUUUACUAGCAGUCGUCAUUAUUAUUCUCAGUCGUCAUUAUUAUUCUACCAGACGACAAAUUGAUACGAAGAUGAAUUUAAUAGCUACAGUUAUGCUGUUUGGUUUCGUUGUGUGUCGUAUUCCUAUUACUGUUUUUUUUAUAUUGACAUUAAUAAGGAGACUGGACCUUUUUUUAGAGCAUAUGGGAAACAGUUAUAUUCUUCUAAGCAUUAUCACCUUUUCCUACAAUCCGUACAUUCUGUUUCUGCUAACAAAUCUUAAAUAUUGCAAACGAAAAUGUUAAUGUCCGAUAUUAUAUUUACUUAUGUUUCACUUAGACAAUUGUAUGGAUUAAAAGUAAAAUGUCGAUACCUUUUCUAUGCAACAUUUAUGUCUUCUAGAAAAUAUUGGCCUUUAGAGUGCUUGCUUUGCUGAACAUGUUUGCUGCUGUGUUGAGAUAUAUGUAUUUUAUUGACAUUUCAGAACCUUUACACAAGCGCUUUCCUAAUUUUUGUACAUGAGGCAUGAAAUGCCGUCUACAUCUUUUUAAAAUUUCAGAGUUAAUCAAAAGAGUAUGGUAUCGUUAAUAUCAACAUUUAAGCCAAAUUGUCAUCAAUGGUCAAAAACCUGAAGAAAUUUGUACAAAAUAUUAUUUUUUAAUAAAAUAGAGUUUAUAAUGCACACCUUUUUCACACUUACUGUAUAAAUUUGUAUUUUUUUUCAAUUAAUUCUUAAUAGAUGAGUACACCAAAUUUUAUAAGUUAAAAUAGACAAGAUUCAUAGGUCUUUAAAUCUUACGGUGAAAUCAUUCCAAAAGGAAGAGCGAAAGACUGUACGUUAAAAUAUAUGUAGCUAGAUGCAUGAUAGACAAACAUUAUGUGUUUGACAACUACUUCAACCCAAACAUUAUAUCUUAUACAUUUU